AUGACCAAAAGUGAACAAGCAAAACCACAAAUGGUCAUACCGAAAAAACCAAAAAUUUAUAAACCUACAGGACAUCAACAUCCUAUGGCACUUAGAUGGAAGGGUACCGUUGUCCCGAAAGUAUUUCCGUCGGCGCUUAUUUGUACAAUUGUGGCUGUCAUUGUGACGGUUCUUUAUAAAGAAACGUCGAACCAAUACCGCUUAUGA